GAAGGGGCCCUGCAGGGUCUUGGCUGGCAGCCGCCUUCAAUAAGGCCCAGGACCCCAAGGUGGGAGAGAAAGGCUCAUGCCAGACUGCUUCGGAAUGCCGGAGGAAGAAGCUGGGCCUUGGGGCAUUGGGUGGAAGAGGACUCUCUCCCAGGCCCCCUUCAGGGAGACCUGACUGGAGCUUCCUGCAGGCACCAUGGCCUGGAGCAGGGUGCUGCUGCUGCUCUUGCUGCUGCCCCUGCAGUUGUGCCCGGGACCCGUGAUCACUGUGAGGCCCCCAGGAUUUGGCCAGAGUGGUGCCCGUAGCCCACACCCUGAGGAGAAUGACUUUGUGGAGGAGGAGCCUGUGCUGGUCCUGAGCCCUGAGGAGCCAAGGCCUGACCCUGCCACCAUCAACUGCCCCCGGGACUGCGCCUGCUCCCAGGAGGGGGUCGUGGACUGUGGCGGCAUCGACCUGCGUGAGUUCCCAGGGGACCUACCUGAGCACACCAAUCACCUGUCCCUGCAGAACAACCAGCUGGAGAAGAUCUACCCUGAGGAACUCUCCCGGCUGCAGUGGUUGGAGACUCUGAACCUCCAGAAUAAUCGCCUGACUUCCCGAGGGCUCCCCGAGGAGGCGUUUGAGCACCUGACCAACCUCAAUUACCUGUACCUGGCCAAUAACAAGCUGACGUUGGCACCCCGGUUCCUGCCAAAUGCCCUGAUCAGUGUGGAUUUCGCUGCCAAUUAUCUCACCAAGAUCUAUGGGCUCACCUUUGGUCAGAAGCCAAAUCUGAGAUCUGUGUACCUGCACAACAACAAGCUGGCGGAUGCUGGGCUGCCGGACAGCAUGUUCAACGGCUCCAGCAACGUCGAGAUCCUCAUCCUGUCCAGCAACUUCCUGCGCCAUGUGCCCAAGCACCUGCCUCCAGCCCUGUACAAGCUGCACCUCAAGAACAAUAAGCUCGAGAAGAUCCCACCUGGGGCCUUCAGCGAGCUGAGCAACCUGCGCGAGCUGUACCUACAGAACAACUACCUAACCGACGAGGGCUUGGACAAUGAGACCUUCUGGAAGCUCUCCAGUCUGGAGUACCUGGAUCUGUCCAGCAACAACUUGUCACGGGUCCCCGUGGGCCUGCCACGUAGCCUGGUCUUGCUGCAUCUGGAGAAGAACGCCAUCAGGAGGGUGGACCCAGAUGUGCUGACCCCCAUCCGCAGCCUUGAGUACCUGCUGCUGCACAGCAACCAGCUGCGGGCCGAUGGCAUACACCCACUGGCCUUCCAGGGCCUCAAGCGGCUGCACACAGUGCACCUGUACAACAAUGCACUGGAGCGGGUCCCUAGUGGCCUGCCCCGCCGUGUGCGCACACUCAUGAUCCUGCACAACCAGAUCACAGGCAUUGGCCGUGAGGACUUUGCCACCACAUACUUCCUGGAGGAGCUUAACCUCAGCUACAACCGCAUCACCAGCCUGCAGGUGCACCGCGAUGCCUUCCGCAAGCUGCGUCUACUGCGCUCGCUUGACCUGUCCGGUAACCGCCUGCACACGCUGCCCCCCGGAUUGCCCCGCAAUGUGCACGUGCUGAAGGUCAAGCGCAAUGAGCUGGCUGCCCUGGCGCGUGGGGCACUGGCGGGCAUGGCCCAGCUGCGAGAGCUCUACCUCACCAGCAACCACCUGCGCAGCCGUGCCCUGGGCCCCCGUGCUUGGGCAGACCUCGCCCAACUGCAGCUGCUGGAUAUUGCUGGGAAUCAGCUCACAGAGAUCCCCGAAGGGCUCCCGGAGUCGCUUGAGUACUUGUACCUGCAGAACAACAAGAUUAGCACCGUGCCUGCCAAUGCCUUUGACUCCACGCCUAACCUCAAGGGGAUCUUUCUCAGGUUUAACAAGCUGGCUGUGGGCUCUGUGGUGGAAAGUGCCUUCCGGAGGCUGAAGCACCUUCAGGUCUUAGACAUCGAAGGCACCAUAGAGUUUGGUGAUACUUCCAAGGACCGUGGCCACUCGGAAAAAGAGGAGGAGGAGGAAGAGGAAGAGGAGGAUGAAGAGGAAGAGGAAAGAUAGUGACAGACCUGACCUAGGACAAUGGAUUAUGGACUCCUUUCUUCAGCACGUGCCACUUCCUGUGAGCCCCGUCUUCACCCUCACAGGGAUACCCCCAGCACAGAACCCAUGGGCCACCCUGACUGCCACAGGCUGAACGCAUCUUGGCUCCCCACCUGGUCCUGCAAUGUGUCCCAUGGCCAGACACAUGCAGAUACCAGAUCUCACCCCUGCACACCCAGCUCCAGUGCACACAUAGCCUGCUGCAUCACCUUCUAGAUGGUUUGUUUCCAAAUGAGUCCCAGCACUGUGGCCAGGCCUGCCCUCUGAGUCACUCAGACUCAGGCAGGCCUGUCCUUCCCUGGCACAGUUAGCACGUACACACACACACACACACACACACACACACACACACACACACACACACACACCAAUACCACCAACAGCUCUUGCCCCUUGACAGAUGUGACCCAAACUGCUCGCCAUCCAUCUGGUCUUCUGCCCAUCCACUACCUGGAGAAAACUCAGGGUUAUCUCCCUGCUCUGUGGCCAGGUGCUUUCUGCUGUCUGAAGCUCACAAAAGCUGGCUUUUGCUCCUCUGUCUCCUCUGGGGAUGGAAACUGUCUGGAGUUCUGUCCCGCUGGGUGCUGGGGCAGUCACCAUGCUGAGCACCCUUCCCUGCUGUGCCCUGGCAGGCACCAGCACUUUGGAAAGACAGUCCUCCUAGAAGCAAGCCGGAGGCCUCCCGACUGCUGCUGGGUCCCUAGCACAGGGGUAGCCGAGGCUAUGGAGCUGGAGGAGCAGGCAGGAAGGGCCAGGCUGUACUAUGAGACACUCUACACUUUUAUACAGGGAAUUUCUAGGUGCCUUUUUUGUUUUUAGUUGUUUUUUUUUUUUUUUAAGAAAAGAAAAAUUAUAAAAAUCUCAAAGCUGACUUCUCUUGUUACAGACAAACUAAUAUAAAAGC